GCUCAGUGUGGAAAACCCGCGGACAAAGGAAGGCAGGCAGGCAGGAGUACAACAACUGACUUGUGAGGAGAGGAGUACUGUCGGAGGGGAAAGGGGUGGAAUCUGGAGUCGGAAGUGAUUUGUGUCUUUUCUUUUUUUUUCGAAAUGUAACCUGAAACGUUGAGGAUAUCUGGGAAGAAGCGAGACAGUUUGGAAACCGAGGGGAUAAAAGGAGAAAAAGUGGAGCGAGGAGUGGGAUCAGUCUGCAAAUCAGCAUCCAGAUCUUCGGAGCAUGGGGGAGCAGCCCAUCUACAGUGCCAGAGCUCAUGUCUUCCAGAUCGACCCGGCCACCAAACGCAACUGGCUGCCGGCCAGCAAACAUGCCGUCACCGUGUCCUUCUUCUAUGAUGCCAGCCGCAGCGUGUACCGCAUCAUCAGUGUGGGCGGGACGAAGGCCAUCAUCAAUAGCACCAUCACCCCCAACAUGACAUUCACUAAAACCUCACAGAAGUUUGGCCAGUGGGCCGACAGCCGGGCGAACACCGUGUAUGGGCUGGGCUUCUCCACAGAGCAGCAGCUGCAGCAGUUUGCGGAGCAGUUUAAAGAGGUGAAGGAGGCGGCUCGACUAGCCAGAGAGAAAUCUCAGGAGAGGUUUGAACUGGCUAAUACUGCACUCAACAUUGCUGCUCCAGAGCUCACCCAGGCGUUAUCGGAGGAGCGUCAUUCUCCACCUCUGCUCACCGUCAACGGACCCGGAGAGGAGAAACUGUUUCGCAGCAAGAGUGCUGAAGUGGAGCUGACGGUGGAGAAGGAAAGAGUCAAAAAGAUGCUGUCAGAAGGGUCCAUGUGUGAGAUAAACCUGGAGGCUGAACUCUUCACCCUGCAGGACAGCAAUGCCAAGCUGGUGGCGGCGCUACAGGAAGCUAACAGCAGCGUGGAGCAGUGGAAGAAACAGCUGGCUGAGUACCAGGAGGAGACUGAUCGCCUCAGAGAACAGGUGGCAGAGUUGGAGGCCCAGCUGGGACGUCCUGCUUCUUCUCAGGCUGGCAGAGAAGAGUUAAGCCGAUCUCUGGAGGAGCUGGAAGCCCUUCUCAGUGCCAAAGACCAGGAAAUCCACAAUCUACAGAGUAAGAAAACAGAUGUGGGAGAGCUGGAGAAGGAGAGAGAGGAGGCCAUGCAGAGACUGCAGGAGCUGGAAAGACGAAACAGUGAACUGGAGGAUCGAGUUCAAAGCGCUGAGAAAACGCUCUCCUCCAGCCGGGAGGAGCGGGAGCACGCGGAGGGCGAGGUUAAACGGGUCAUUGAGGUUCUUGACGUCAAAAUCUGUGACCUUAAAGACCUGAAACAGAGCCUGGCCAAACUCAUUGACAAGUAGCCGCAGCAGCAAAAGUUGGGAUGCAUCUCCACAGUCAGCACUGGUUGCACUUCUAUCGUGUUGUUUCAGCAGAGUAGAAAUCAAAGCAAUACAGAGGAGAAGGUAGAGCUGUUCACCUUCACAGAUCUGCUUUUUUUAAGAUCAGUGCUGGUAAACAACAUCAGGAUCCUCUCAAAGGUGCUUUCUGCAAAACCAGCCGUUGUUACAUUAUAGCUGAUGAUAAAAACAGUAAACAGGAAGGUUUAUUCAGCUACAUCUGUUUUAGUUUUCUGAAUCACACUUAAAGCAGCUGCAUGACCUCUAACUCUUCCAGCUCUUACGAGGAGAAAAAGAUUACUACAGAACCACUUUUUAGCUCUUUUUACAUCUACCGCCACUGAAAACUCUUAAAGCUGAAGAUCCAUUUGCUCUGGAUCAACAGCGCCCUCCUGCUCUUUUUCAUGCCAUAGCAAUCCAGUGUUUUCUUAAGGUUAGACAAGGAAAGAUACAGAGAAGUGGCUGUUAAAAUCUCUUUUCAUUCUGAUGCUUUCUUUUCUUACAGUGCUGAGAAAAUAAUUCAUUGAUCCCAAAUAACACACAAAGAACCUUUAAAAGAGGAUUUGCACUACAAUGGAUUAAAGUUUGUUUUUCUGCAAAAGUAGACAUUUCAACGGGUAGCAAAAUAUUCACUACUUGAUCAAAUAUUUUGCAUUCACUUAACAUAGGUCACUUUUGUAAUUUGAUGUUUUUUGAAUUAAAUGAAAAAUGCUGCAGCAACAGUUUGAAAUAGCACUAGAUAAAAGCCUCAGUGGUGUUAAAUAAAAGCCAGUGUUCCUGUUUUCUUGCUUCUUAAAUAUUCAAACGAGUCCACCUCAGACAGUGAAAUAUUCAUCCUGUUACAUCAUUUUGAAAAUUAAGUCCAUCACGGGUUUGUUUCAUACUUUGCGGUAUAUAGUUAAGAGAGACAUUGGAGUUUGGCUUCAUUGCACUAAAUUCCAUGUGCAGCAAUAAAAAGAUCAUAUGCAACAAUCUCAGAACCCUUUAUCUGUCAUCUCCUAUCAUCAUGUGAAAAAUAUAUACCUCUUGGAACGGAGGUGGAGUUUUCUUUCAUUCCUGUGAAGCCUGCUAUUACUGUAAAAUGACCUCCAGGCAAAAUUUCCUUUUCCAUGUGGCGUUUACGUCCCUAAUAUAAAUGGUCAUUUCUCUUAUUCCUGAUGAGUCUCAGUUCCUAAGUAGACUGUAUGUAAGAUACAGUGACUUUACCCAGGUCACUUCAUCUGUUUAAGUAAAAAAAAAAAAAAAAUCUGAUUUUAAGAGAAGGGUCUGGCUGCAGACCAUACAUCUCUGACAGCUAUUCUCCCAGACCACUGAUCUGAGAUGCCAUCUCUUUCAGAAAGGAAAAACAUGCUUUUAACUUUUGAAAUAAAAUCAGAUUUAAGUUCAGUCUAGGAUUUGGGUGAGGGUUAAGGUAAUGGUUAGGUUACCAAAAGUUAAAGUUAAAAAAUCUGACCUGCAAAAACUAAUUAUAAACAUUUGAUAAAGUCAAGUUAACUGUCUGCUGACAGGAAAAAAGCUCAUCCUCCAUGAAAACAUCAACACAGCAAGCUUAGCUUACAUAGCUUUGUAAGCUGUGUAGAAAGCGUAGCUUGUAGCUAACAUAGCCAAAGCUAAGCUCAUAAAGCAGCUAAAUAGGUACAUUUUCUACGUAGCUAAGUUAGCGUUAGCCAGGAAACUGGCACUCAAACAGGAAUUAGCUGCCUCGGCUCACAUUAAAGAGCCGUUUCGUAGACAAGGCUUGUACAUGAAAAGCCCAUCAUCAGUUUGUCGCUUGACCCACAAGGUUUAUUUGAUUAAUAGUGCAUCACGUUUUCCAUUUAAAGCAUGUUUGUGCCAAAACGAGGAUGUUAAAGGGGCUCAGCUACCCUCUUAGCUCAGUACAAGACUCCUCUAUACUCUUGUUCCCUUCAUCUGACUAGAUGACACUGGGCACUAGGAGGUCUGCAGGACUGAGUAUUUGAUAUUGAUCGCCUCUAUGACAGGUGAAUUGGUUAAACUGUGGGAACUGGUUAAAGUGUAGGGAAUGUAUUCAAUAUAUGUCGAAUUUUUUCUGGUGGUAAUUGCAGCACAGAGGUCCAGUCUGUCCGUCACCUCCUUACCCCCAGCGGACACAUUUGGGAUUGUAUGAUUACAAACAGCUUAUUUGGCCCCGCCUCCAAAAAAUCAUAAAAUGAUGAAAAACGUUCUCAUGGUCUGACUCCAUAAUUCAGCCAUUUUCCCCACACUUACAGUGGUAAACCAAUUUCUGAAUUUGCUUUACACUGACUUUAAAGAUGUAGACAAAAAAUAAUACUGAUGCAUGAAUGAAGCUUUUGGAUGUGCAUUUUGCCAUGAAAUGAUAUUGAAAUUUACACAAAUUCCAGGCAUGUUAUAUGAGUAUAUCUCGUGCUUUUGCAAAGCAAUGACCUUUAGUUUAUGUUAGUGCUCUAAUCCUUCCUUAACACUGUGGAGAUGCACCCAGAAGGGAUAAUUCACAUGGACAAGUGAAAUAAAAGUUAGCUCAGCAGCCUGGACAUCAACCAACUCAGAGAUGCAACAACCGGCUCACUCUCUGUCAUCUGAGGAUCGCCAGCGUACGAACAUUUUCUGUUUCUGUUUAAGGAGAACUGCUCUUUCACCACUUAUUCUAUUAUUCAUGUUCAUUGAUGGGUUACACUCACAGCCGAAGUGGGAAAUCAGCGUCAAGCUUGUUGCCAAGCUGCUGCUAAAUGCCACACUGACAGAUCAGAUCAGGCGUGUGAAGGAAAGGUCUAGAUGUGUCACAGAGAUGCCGUUUUCCCACCCCGAGGCUGGCAGGUCGAACCUGAGAUUGCACUCGAUGAUGUUUGUGCCAAGUUUUAUUUUGUUUACAUUUCCAGUGUCCACAAACUAAUGCAGUUCCACUAUAUGUGCUUCUUUUCAGCCUUUCUAGCACUGUUAUUUUACCAUGGUAGUAAUAGUAAUAAUACAGAGACUCAGCAGAGCCGCAGAGCAUGGAUCACAAUGAGAGCACUGCAUGAGCUCUGCAGAAGCCCUGAAACCUGCCAGGAAAUGAGAAGCUAUGCGUGUGAGUGCAGGCUCGAGUUAAAAAGCACAACUGCAGUAGUUUUAGUAAGUUGGUACUGAACUGAUUCAUCUGUCUGCUUUGUAUGUGAACCUCUGAUGAACAAUGUCUAUAGAUCUUCGCUUAUCACCCCUGAUGACAUAUUGAUUUCUUUCUUUUGUGACGGUAAUAUAGGAACAUAUAAGAUGUUUUUGCAGCUGAUGUGAUGAUGACAACACAGGUCAUCAUGAAAAAUAAUCUACAAGAUAAUGCAAUAGCAUCCCAGUAUUACAUUAGUGUUAGUACUUUGAAAUAGUUCCAAGUGAUGAGCACAGCUUCUCUUAAAGUUGGAUUUUCAAAGCCCCUCUGUAGUUCAGCAAGUCUAGAACAGUAGUAAUAGCUUAAUGUUGCUGUAUCUUUUCUCUGUUGAUUAUAUAGAGGUUUAUUGUUGAGGCUGUAUCGCUUUGACAAGUUCCUGAGAGCUCUGACAUCAGCUGCUACAUGCAACAACAUUAAAUUAGCAAUAAAAGAAUAGCAUAGUUGCCUAUUUGGAGUAAUGCAAGUUAUUUGUAGGUAAUAAGAGAUCUGUAAAGCCUGUUUUGAUUCAAUUUAUCCAGAUGUUUUCUUUUUUAUGGAUUCACCAGAUUGCUAUCAGUUUUUAAGUGAAGCAUGAAGGCAAUGCAGAGGCCAUCAGCUCCUCAGCAUGAGCUCCUCACGGUUGAUGUCAGAAACACUUUGCUUCACAGCAGCCUUAUUCCAGAGUAUCAUUAAUGCACAAUAAUACAGUGUAAAUACAUCAGGAGCUGCACAGAAACCGGGGUAGGGAGUGUUAGCCUCUGGUUAUUUGCCUUUGUAGGAUCAAUUAAGUAUUAAAUUACUGUACUAAAAGGUAUAUUUACAUAGUACACUAUUUGAUCAAUUGUUUUGCUUUAUAGUAGUAUGUGAAUUAGAUCUUAAGUGUUAUUGUGCAUCCAAAACUGAUCAAAUGAGCAAAUCUUGUGUGUAUCUGGAAGUAUUUGGGUACCUGCUGGUGAAAAAAAAUGCUACGAUUUUGUCACCAGUUUGUUGUUUGGUGUGGCAGUAUAAAUUUGUGGACACAAUGGUAAGCAACCUUUAUCAUUUAAGUGUUACUUGUGUUUUAGUAUGCACUGGUCAGCCAUUACAUUAACACCUCCAAUGCAAUCUAAUGCAAGAACUUUAUCAUACAAUUUUAAUAGUAUUUAAACUAUUCUGGAAGUCAUAGUGAGUGAUGGUGGUGUACUGGAAUGCAUUAAUUUAUAAGAUGUUCUCAAUAUGUUGCUCUCCUCAUCUAUAUUAAUGUAGAAGGCAAAAUAUUAGGAACACUUCAGAUUUAACACACUAGUACACCACCACCAGCAGCCUUAAUGACUUCAAUAAUAAAUUCAAAGUUAGAAUUGUCUAUGACAACCAAAUCUGAAGUGGAGAUGCUUUAUAAUCUAUGGUACCAGUGGCAGACUUAGCAAUUUUGGGGCCCAAGGCGAACACUGGCAUGAGACCCUUUUACAUCUGUUGAUCUUGCCCCUUGUAAAAUUCUUAUUUGAGAAAGACAGAUUUGUAAUUUGACAUAAAACCAAACGUAAAUGAUUGUUUAGUAAUGUUUUUUUUUUUGUUGUUUUGUUUUUUUGUUUUUUUUUUUACCAGAAAUGUCCUAAACCGUCCAUUUUGAGACACUAAAUAGACCAAAUAUCAAAUAAUCAAAUAACAUUAGAAAUGGCUACUUUUUUUGUUAAUUUAAAAAACAAAUCAAAAUUUACUCAAAGAAAAAAAAAUGGCUCCAAUUCUUCUUCUUCUUCUUCUUCUUUUUUACGUUUUAGUUCAUGUUUAACCUACUAACUAACUUUUUUAGGGAUGCACAAUAUUAUUGGUAUAUCGGUAUCAGCAGAUAUUAGCUCAAAAAGUGAAAUAUUGUUAUCGGCAGAUAUGAAAAUUUCUGCUGACAUUUACAGCUGAUAUUGUAGCUUUAAAAAUCUGCCUCUAUCAGCUGUAAAUAUUUGCAUUACUAACAAAAAAGUCAGUGAAGUUCUGGGCUGGAAAAACAGACCUACAUCAGCUGACGUCUUCUUCUUUAUUCAUCAUCAUUCCAUGCACUUUUAUGUGUAUUUUAAGAAUGCAUUUUGCUAAUCUAUUCAUCCUAAAACUUUAAAAUAGUGUGUUUUAAGGACUGAUGUUUUGGAUCUGAACUACACGAAAAUAUUGUUAUCAUCUAAAACUAAUUUCUAAAUAAUGGAUAUCAGCAAAAAUAAAAUAUCCUGCAUCCCUAACAUUUGCAUAAUAUCCUUUAUGAAAUAAUUAGUAAAACACCAGUCAGAACAAAUAUCUUGGUUUUUGGUAUUUUUCAUAUGAAAAAGGCAUAAUUCACACAAAAGUUUACAUUUUAUCAUUUUCAGCUGGCUUCCAUGCCACUAUAACAUGACCAAGUUAACUCAAUAUAUCAAGUUUUAAUAAGCGUGUUAAGCUUUUAAAAUUCUAAACAGCUAUAAUACAGGCCGUUGCAGGAGAAAGGGUUGAGUUAAUUAUGUGUUCAGAGGGCCCUAGAAGUUUAGGGUCCCAGGCAAUUGCUCGCCUUUGCAUAACGAUAAAGUCCGCCUCCAUGGUACAGAGAUUUGGAUUGUAUUUGAUGGUGUAUGUGGUUGUAUUGUAUUGGCUGAUUUGUGUGUUUGGGAGCCGUUAAAUAUAAUUCUGGGCAAUGUAGUAAGUAAAUCACCAGCUGAAGUGUGAGAUUGUAGGUAGUGGUAGGAAGUUGUUCAGCAACAAAGGACAAAAAACUGCAUCUAAUGCUGUUAUUGAACAUCUGUGGUUAGAUGGCUUCUUCACUACACUGGAAUAAGGUCUUUUUAAACAAUGGUGUUAAAGAGAAUGCAGUACCAAAGAUGCACAACUUUAAACUGGAACAAACACAAUUUCUUUAUGAUGCUGAAGUUCAUCUCCAUCAGAUUCUUUCAUUUAGCUUAAGUUGAACAGCUUUUUAAACUUCCAGUGAGACGCAAAAUACCUCAGAGUACUUUAGUAAGUUCAGGUUAGUUUCAUUACAGUAGUUUAAACUGUUCACUGGCGUUUGAGUUUGAGGCCCAAAUGAUUUUGUUUGUUUCACAAGAACCACUGAAUAUGAGAACAGGUGUUUAUAUGGGGUAUGACAAUGUGAGAUUAAUUCCUUAUAUUUGUACAGAACUGUUUAACAUUAAAAAUCAAUCAUGCAAA